AUGAUAUUUGACGGGUUGAGACAUGUGUUUUCGUCUAUUGCCAUACCUAAUAUUCAUAAUCUAUCUGAGAAUAUCCAAAGUGGUGUAAAUCUUCCCACUUGUAAUUCUUAUGCAGUAUUUGAUUCGAAAAUGGUUUUGGAUCCAACACUUUUGGAAGAACAAGCCUCAAAUGGCAUUGUUCGAAUAUUUGAUAUUGAUGGAGAGAAGUGUGCCAUAGCUGAGGGAUCGAUGGAUUUCAGUGUUUUGAAAAGUGUAAUGCAAUCUUAA